AAGUGGUUGGACCUGAGGUACGGGAUGGGUACUAAAUUUAUCAACAUGGCAUUGUUUAUCCGCUACUCUCGCUAACCUGAACAAAAAAGUGUCGUGUCAUAAGGCGGACAUAUCCAGUUAACACUAAGUUUUGGACUUAAAGUUUUCACAAGUGUAGCAGUUAAAGUGCUGGAAUGUAUGUUAUCAUUACUUUGGGACAGGACACGUGACCGGACUGUUUAAAGGAGUCUACACCCCGUUACAAGGUGAGGCGUGUAUUUCAGAAAAAAACGGCAAACUGCUUUAACAGUUCAAGACAAUUAAUCAUCUCCAAUUUUCAUGAAAGUUGUAAUUUAUCUGGGCCAAAGUCAACAUUUACUUAGAUGUAAAUUAUAGAACAUUUCUGAGGAUUGACAACAUUCACAAUGGCUAAUUCCAAUGUCACCUCCGAACCUGUGGAAGAGAACGCGGGUAUUCUAAACAACAGCGUUUGUAAUUUUACUGGGACAGGGAACUGUUCCAAUGUCACAGAACACUUUGACUUGAUACAUCCUGUACCGCAGAUCGUGGUUCCUAUUCUGUUUGUUAUACUUAUGUUGACUGGUGUCCUAGGGAACGGUACACUCAUAUUUACCGUCCUACGAAACAAAUCCAUGCGGAAUGUUCCGAAUAUUCUCAUUGUAAAUUUGUCUGCCGGGGACUUGCUUCUUCUGUUGAUGUCCGCGCCGUUUUCAGCGACAGUCUUUACAUUGGAAUCUUAUCCUUUCGGGGAGUUGAUAUGUAAGAUGAACGAAUACCUGCAGACCUUGUCGGCUGGAGUGUCGAUUCUCACUCUCACUGCCCUUAGUGGUGACCGCUACGUCGCCAUUGUGUAUCCGAUGAGCAAGCACAAGGGUAAACCGACGGUUAAGACAUCAAUUGCCGUGGCAUCCAUUUGGAUAAUUUCCGCUAUUUUCGCUAUCCCUGAUGCCAUCAGUUUUAACAUCGAGUUUUCGGAGGUUUAUUACUGCCAUCCGUUUCCCGACCGAUGGCACGAGUGGUAUGGGAAAGCCCACUGUUUGUUUCGCUUCUUCACUCUCUUCUUGAUCCCUCUCAUUAUCAUUGGGACAUUCUAUUGCUUAAUGGCACGGAUCCUUGUCAAAAGCAGUCGCCAGAUGCCUUGUGAAGCCACAAAGGGCCCAGGGCAGAGUCAGCAACAACAGCGCCAGAUCGAGGCUCGAAUGAAAGUGGCGCGCGUGGUAUUGUCGUUCGUUCUUCUGUUCGUCAUUUGCUGGCUUCCUCGCCAUGUCUAUCUAAUCUGGUUCUACUGGACCGAUUUCGACUUUAGCGACUUCUGGAUAUGGUUCAAAGUUUUCGGUUUCUGUCUUACUUAUGUUUACUCAUGUGUCAACCCCUACGCACUUUACUUCCUGAGCAGUCAAUUCCGGAAGUACUAUAACCGCUACCUGUUCAGGUGCUGUCCGAAGUCUUAUCGACUACGGGAUUCCAAUGGCUCCGGACUACAAAGCUACAGUACAGUCCGGAGGGGCAGCACCUCUCUAACUAUGGUCAAGUCCAAUUCAGAAAUGUGAUCAUUUCUACCUUCCUAACGGGAGAGGUAGUCGCUAACUUGUCUGUAGUAUCGGGUGCAUUCGAUUCAUACCGCUGGACGCGUUCGUUUCAUACAAGUUAAGGUGUGUUGAACAUCAUCAAAUUCAUGUUUUACUUUAAAAACAAUGAUAAUCUGAGCGUCCAGCGAAUUUCACUUCCCACGUGACGUUGAUGGAUCAGGGUACAUUAAUGGAUACGAUUGUUAUUACUACAAGUGGUCCAAAUAUCAACUUUUAUUCCGGGAAAUGAGCUGAAUUCGUCAAAAAUGUAAAUUUACAGUUAUUUGUUACAUUUUUGAAUGUCGGAGAUUUCCAACUCUGUCAAAAGUUAUUUAUCGUUUGUUGUUGUGGUGCAUCUGGGCCAAAUCAUGUAUGCGUUUGUAACAGAUGAUUGUUAACUUGGAUUAGUGAUAGUUCUCGCUACAUUGCUAAAAUACAGAUCCGACGUCCUUUGUACGGACGAUUUGACACGGUGGAAUAUCUUUACAGCGGACGUUUGGACACGUUGGGACCUCGUCACAGUAUUAAACAGAACGUCACAUAUCACUGCUGUGAGACCAACAUUCUUUAAUCUGGAUUAGUAGAGUUUUCACACGGAUUUCUAAAGUAAUGUCAUUGUCAUGGUAUGCUCUACUGGGGGCACCCUCCGAGAAAGCAUCCUUAAUAUCCUGUCUGUAUUUAUAUAACUUACUUACCCGUUUACAAACAGAAAUGUGACUGAAAAGUAAGGCUGGGGUCGGGAUUUUUUUUAAAAAUCCUUUUUCAACAUUUAUUUAUUUGAAAUCUAUGUCAUUUUUAAAACUCAUUCGAUUGGUCCCAAGAUUCGUUUCCACUGACACGACACGGCAGCUUUUCUAGAUUUCUCAAGUCAAUAUUGAUGUCUAAAUGGAGAAGAAAACAAAUGUAAAAAUUGCUUUAUUUAUGUCCUUAUUGUAUCUUGAUAUAUAGAUAUAGUACUCAACCUUAAUUCUAUGUAUCGUUAUUAACAGAGGUUUUAAAAUUGACUUUAAGAUGAAUCACAUUCUACAAAAUAUCACAAGAUAUCACAUUCAUCUUAUAACCCUAUCACAGAUACCCAGAUAUGUAUUCAUCUUUUUCUGAAAUAAUAUGAAAACAUUUUACAGAUAAACACCCUCAAAUCUACUUUCACAAAUCACAAAAAUAAAUCGGUAUUCAGUUCUAAAUGAAAGUUACACGGAAUGAAGACUUAGAUCUUUCAAGUCCUCGCCAUUUUUGGUAUAAUGUUGUUGAUCUAGGGGGCAGUUUAUAACGCAUCAUUAAGACUAUGAAAUGAAAAUGUUCCGAAAAUCAUGUUUUCGUUUCCCUCUUUCUUGGAAGCGGCAAGGACAAUAUUUGGCGGCAAUAAGGUCCAAGAAAAUAGGAUUCCAUAAGUGAUAUACAAGUUCUUUAUAGUAAUAUAUUCGGGACUAUGUCUUAAGGAACUUUAUAGUAAUACAUUCGGGACUCUGUCUAAAAGAAAUUAAUAGUAAUAUAUUCGGGACUCUGUCUAAGAGUAAUUAAUAGUAAUAUAUUCGGGACUCUGUCUAAGAGUAAUUAAUAGUAAUAUAUUCGGGACUCUGUCUAAGAGUAAUUAAUAGUAAUAUA